UCAGGUGACGCCGAGCUGUCGCCUGUGGGCUUUGCUCGGUCUUCGGAAGCGCCUGCUUUGUGAAGGAGCCGGAGCCGGAACAAAGUAUCUGGGCGGCAACGGCGGCCUGAGCGGAGGGACGCCCAGGGUCAACUUCGUUAUUGUUACGGCCGUUGAGAGCCCCGGCAGGGAUUCUAGUCAUGUCUGAUAAAAGUGAAUUGAAGGCAGAACUAGAGCGCAAGAAGCAACGCUUGGCUCAAAUCAGAGAGGAGAAAAAGAGAAAAGAGGAAGAAAGAAAGAAAAAGGAAACGGAUCAGAAGAAAGAAGCUCUUCCUGUACAAGAAGAGUCUGACCUUGAAAAGAAAAGAAGGGAAGCAGAAGCCUUGCUUCAAAGCAUGGGUUUAACCCCUGAUGCUCCGAUGGUCCCUCCUCCUAUGUCUCCAUCUUCCAAAUCUGUGAGCACGCCAAGUGAGGCUGGAAGCCAAGAUUCUGGGGACGGUGCUGUUGGUUCUAGGACGCUGCACUGGGAUACUGAUCCAUCAGUUCUUCAGCUCCAUUCUGAUUCCGAUUUGGGACGUGGACCCAUUAAACUUGCAAUGUCCAAAAUUACGCAAGUUGACUUUCCCCCUCGAGAAAUGGUCACAUAUACAAAAGAGACCCAAACACCAGUUAUGACUCAACCAAAGGAAGAUGAGGAAGAUGAGGAGGAUGCAGUGGUGCAAAAACCACCAGUUGAGCCUGAAGAAGAAAAAAUCUUGAAAAAAGAGGAGGAGGAGGAAGCUGCCCCUCAUGAACUGACAGAAGAAGAAAAACAACAAAUUUUGCAUUCUGAAGAAUUUUUGAGCUUCUUCGACCAAUCUACAAGGAUUGUAGAAAGAGCUCUCUCUGAGCAAAUUAACAUUUUCUUUGACUACAGUGGGCGAGACUUGGAAGACAAAGAGGGGGAAAUUCAGGCAGGUGCUAAGCUGUCCUUAAACAGGCAAUUUUUUGAUGAACGCUGGUCAAAGCAUCGUGUUGUGAGUUGCUUGGACUGGUCAUCUCAGUACCCAGAAUUGCUGGUCGCCUCCUAUAACAACAAUGAAGAUGCUCCUCAUGAGCCUGACGGGGUGGCCCUUGUAUGGAAUAUGAAAUACAAGAAAACAACGCCGGAGUAUGUUUUUCACUGCCAGUCAGCUGUGAUGUCUGCUACAUUUGCAAAAUUUCAUCCCAAUUUGGUGGUCGGUGGCACAUAUUCAGGGCAAAUCGUGCUGUGGGAUAACCGCAGCAAUAAGCGAACUCCUGUUCAGAGAACUCCCCUUUCAGCUGCUGCUCACACGCAUCCUGUGUACUGCGUGAAUGUGGUUGGGACACAGAAUGCGCAUAACCUCAUCAGCAUCUCAACUGAUGGAAAGAUCUGUUCAUGGAGCCUGGACAUGCUUUCACAGCCUCAGGAUAGCAUGGAGCUAGUCCAUAAGCAGUCCAAAGCUGUAGCUGUUACUUGUAUGUCUUUCCCUGUUGGAGACGUCAACAACUUUGUUGUUGGAAGUGAGGAAGGCUCUGUGUACACAGCUUGUCGCCAUGGCAGUAAAGCGGGUAUCAGUGAGAUGUUUGAAGGUCAUCAGGGACCAAUUACAGGCAUCCAUUGCCAUGCUGCGGUUGGACCUGUAGAUUUCUCUCAUCUUUUUGUCACUUCUUCUUUUGACUGGACUGUAAAGCUGUGGACGACUAAGAAUAACAAGCCCCUGUACUCCUUCGAAGACAACUCAGACUAUGUUUAUGAUGUGAUGUGGUCACCCACUCACCCUGCCCUCUUUGCUUGUGUAGAUGGAAUGGGCAGGUUGGACCUAUGGAAUCUCAACAACGAUACAGAGGUGCCGACAGCAAGCAUCACCGUGGAAGGGAAUCCUGCUCUUAAUCGUGUAAGAUGGACCAAUUCAGGGCGUGAAAUUGCUGUUGGAGAUUCAGAUGGACAAAUAGUGAUUUAUGAUGUGGGAGAGCAAAUUGCUGUUCCUCGAAAUGAUGAAUGGACCCGUUUUGGCAGAACAUUAGCAGAAAUUAACGCCAACAGAGCUGAUGCAGAAGAGGAGGCAGCUACUCGAAUUCCUUCCUAAAGCUUUCAGAUAGGAUCUAGUAGUGAACUGAGGGAGUGGGUUAGAGAGGGCAUCAGAGUAGUAGCAUGCAUUAGCCUGCAGCAGAAAGUGGUGAAAACAUUGAAUAAACCGUAGAUUGACAAGUGUGUUUAAAGAUCACUGAAACAGAUCUUGCCAAGUUGCUUUUUACUAGCUAAAUCACUCAGCCUUAAUCUGCCUGGUGUAACUUAUUACUUAAUCUUAACUUGGCAAGGAACUUGUUCUACAGAAACACUAACAACAUUGUAUAUUUAAAGUUAUUUAGGGUGUCCUAAUUUUCAGUGACAUACAACUUUUUCUGAAAAAUUAAUUUAUGUAAGCUUCUAAACAAGAGCCGUCCUCAGUUAAACUGACUGGCUGUGCAAUGAGCAUCAAUCUCUGAAAGUAUGUUACAGUUAAUCGUAUCUAACUGCUUAAGUAAUGCAUGCAUCUGUUCACAGUAACCUUUAUCCUAAUUAUUACACAAUAGGCUCCAGGCUACAGUGGUAGGUCAUGUAUGUGAAUAAAAAUAUGUACAACUUUAAAAAAAUAAUUUAGCAAUAGAAACGUUCUACAACAACUAUUAAGUACUUUGGAUUUUUUUGUUAAACCUGUGCAGUAUAGGCAAGAAUUCUUUAUAAAUAAACAUUACAUGAUCUUUUUCUCAUGA